CUGCAAAACAAAUUAUCCUAGUAAUCAACUUGUUAUAUAUAUACUCGUGGAGUAGGCAAGAACGCCGAAGUUUGAGCGGCUGCCAAAAGUUCAUUCAUUUUUUUUGUCAAAACAACUCGCCUCAAUCAAACGCCAAGGUACAUAAAUAGAAUAGUGACCGAACCGGAGGACAAAGCUAAGGCGAUGGAAGGAUGGACGAGAUGACAUAAAGAAGAAAUAUUUGCACUAAAUAGUACUAAAAUUUAAGUCAUUUCCCUAAAUAACACUUAAAUUGUUUUAUUCUCUAAAUAGCACUUAAUAAUGUCUAUAAUGUCCAGUGAUGGCGAAUAUUUACUUGAAUAAUGACUAAUGAAUACGAAGUGCAACAAAAAAUUACUCCGUAGCUCACCCUCGUCUUCUCCGCAGUUUAUAAUAGCGUUUUCUUGGUCCCUUGGAGUCUUCUCACUCCUCCUCAGUGUUGAAGAAGAAGUGAAGUAAAUCCGAAAUCUCUUGCAGAAAUGGCGGCCCUUCCCUUUUCUACACUGGCGAACUCCAGCUCCCCCUCAUUCCCCCGAAAUCUCUCUCCAAUCAAGGCUUCUAGCUCUGUGUUUUCGUAUCCGAAGCUAAGGGGAUCCAAUUCGUCCUACUCGCUCUCGCCUUUAUCUCCAGCCUCAUUAAACCUAACAAACUUGUCCAAUUGCUCAGUUCGAAUCAAAUCCGGCCGUUCACUUGCUCCUGUUCAAGCCAUUUCUCAGGUCCAGGUUGCUGAACCACAAGCAAAAGUGACUAGCAAAGUUUAUCUUGACAUAAGCGUAGGGAGUCCCGUGGGAAAGCCUGCGGGGAGAAUUGUGAUUGGAUUGUACGGAGAUGAGGUUCCAGAAACAUCAGAGAAUUUCCGCGCUCUAUGCACAGGAGAGAAAGGAUUUGGCUUCAAAAACUCGAGUUUUCAUCGUGUUAUUAAGGACUUCAUGAUUCAAGGAGGAGACUUUGAUAAAGGAAAUGGAACUGGUGGUAAAAGCAUAUAUGGCCGGACAUUUAAAGAUGAAAACUUUGACUUGACUCAUGUUGGACCUGGAGUUGUGAGCAUGGCAAAUGCUGGCCCCAACACAAAUGGAAGCCAGUUCUUCAUAUGCACCGUCAAGACACCAUGGUUGGAUAAGAGACAUGUUGUGUUUGGGCAAGUUAUUGAGGGCAUGGAUGUAGUGAAGCUCAUUGAAUCGCUGGAAACGGACCGGGGGGAUCGCCCCACGAAGAAAGUGAUCAUCAGUGAUUGUGGUGAACUACUGUAAGCUACUAGAUUUUCUCCUCUUCAGAUGUUUUGACAUUUUAGCCCCGGCGCGUAGUGCGGUAAGGAUAAUGGAAUACUCUUCCCAUCAAUUGAUUGUUCAUGGAAAGCAUGUCCUUUUUUUGUGUUGUUUCCAAGAGACCAAGAUUGUGUUUUGAAUGAAACUCUCCUUUCACGAUGAGAAAUAAAGCAAUAUGUCUCAC